AUGAUCCUCCUGAUGCAGUCUUCGUUCCUGAUGGCCCUGGGCUUGCUUCUUGUCGGCCCUGCGACCCCUGCAGUAGUCUUCCGGAACAAGCUGGGUAGCUUUUCCUGGGAUAACUGUGACGAGAAGGACCCUGCUGUCAUCGAAAGCCUGACCCUGGAACCUGACCCCAUUGCUGUUCCUGGGGAUGUGACUGUCAGUGUCGAGGGCAAGACCAGUGUCCCCCUUGAGUCUCCUCAGAAGGUGGAAUUAGUUGUGGAGAAGAUGGUGGCAGGCUUCUGGGUCAAGAUCCCAUGUGUGGAACAGAUUGGCAGUUGCACCUAUGACGACAUCUGUAAUGUACUCGACAAUCUCAUUCCCCCUGGGGAGAACUGCCCUGAGCCUCUGCACACCUAUGGGCUUCCAUGCCACUGUCCCUUCAAAGCGGGCACCUACUCACUUCCCAAAUCUAAUUUCACCUUGCCUGACUUGGAUCUACCCAGCUGGCUCAGCACUGGGAACUACCGCAUCGAGAGCACCCUGAGCAGUAACAAUAAACGUCUGGGCUGUCUCAAGAUCGCCGCCUCUCUCAAGGGCAAAUAA